UAAGUAGCGAAGUUCUGGAGCGCUCCAGGAAGCGACGGUAGGGGUGCAGAGGAAUGUUGUGCUGGAAGCGGAAGAGGCCAGAAGAAGAGUAAAGAGACGAUGAACAACAAAUUUGAUGCACUGAAAGAUGAUGACAGCGGGGAUCAUGAUCAGAAUGAGGAGAACAGCACACAGAAAGACAGUGAGAAGGAAAAGAAUGACAAGGAGAAGAAUCAGAACUCCUCUAGGAAGAAGAUCGUAGUGCCAGGUCCAGCAGAGCACCCUUUACAAUAUAACUACACAUUCUGGUAUUCUCGCAGGACACCGGGUAGACCAACCAGCUCUCAGAGCUAUGAACAGAACAUCAAGCAAAUUGGUACCUUUGCCUCUGUGGAGCAGUUCUGGAGGUUCUACAGUCACAUGGUACGUCCUGGGGAACUGACAGGACACAGUGACUUUCAUCUUUUUAAGGAAGGGAUCAAGCCAAUGUGGGAGGAUGAUGCAAACAAGAAUGGAGGAAAGUGGAUAAUUCGCCUUCGUAAAGGUCUAGCAUCUCGGUGCUGGGAGAAUCUCAUCUUAGCCAUGCUAGGAGAGCAGUUCAUGGUUGGGGAGGAGAUCUGUGGGGCUGUGGUCUCUGUUCGCUUUCAGGAAGAUAUCAUUUCUAUUUGGAAUAAAACGGCUAGCGACCAAGCAACAACUGCACGGAUCCGAGACACCUUAAGAAGAGUUCUGAAUCUGCCUCCUAACACAGUCAUGGAAUAUAAAACACACACAGACAGUAUCAAGGACAAAACAAGCUUCCGGAACACGAAAAUUGCUUUGUGAGUCGUUCUGACCUUCUCCUAUGCGAAAACCCCAUCAGUCCCACCUAUUGACAGUAUUCUGUGUAUGCUGUAUUUAUAACACUGACCCAUUCACUGCCAGGACGACCAGCCCUUCAUGACAAAGGCAAACAUUGUUCGGUCUUCAUCAGAGAUGAAAUCGCUGUGGACUUUUUGUCUUGUUUACAUACAUUUUUUUGCUUCAUGAACUGUCCACUACUGCUUGCCAGCAAAAGAAGAAAAGCACCAAACUCGUCUUCAUCAAUAUUUUUUUUUAUGUUGUGUAUGCUUUUUUUGUUUUUUUGUUUUUUACUUUUAUGGGACAGCAGGUGAUCCGCUUAAUCCUUUUUUUUUUUUUUUAACUCCUGUGUUGAUGGAGUUAAAUGCUUUCAUUUCUUAACAAGCAAACCUCUGCUCCCACAAUAUGCCUUGUAAUGUCUCUUCAGCACUUUGUUAUUUUCCUUUCAUGUUUUACGCAAAGGAUUUUGUGUAUAAUAGGCCUCAUCACCUUAGCAGACCCAUUACUGAGACAUAUCAGUAUUACUGUAAAUGUUGGAGUACAUAAGGGUAAUGUUCUUUCCAAAAACUUGGAAGUGUCAUCUGCUAUGCUUGCUACUCCACCAUUAAACAACUGGGUUGCCUCUA